AUGGCAUCGAAGACAUGGCUGAUCACUGGCGCCUCCUCUGGUCUCGGACUCGCAAUUGCCGAAGCAGCCCUACAAGCCGGCCACAAAGUGAUUGCAACCGCACGUAACCCGACGAAGGCGGCCGAUGAGAAUCCACAGUCUCAAAACUGGGCGACUGAAACUACCAAGAAAGUCGAAGAAGCUAUCAAGCAAGCUGGCGGCGUUAUCGAUGUGGUGAUCAAUAAUGCAGGGUACUCACUGCUUGGCAGUAUUGAGGAUACAUCGCACAAAUUUCCUCGCCCUCAUAAAUGGAAGAACACCCUUGAGUACUCGAACCGCGCCAAAUACAUUUGUGCUGAAUUGGGUCUGGAUUUCUUCCUCGCUCAUAUGCAGGGUAUGUCCGAAAGUCUUGCGAGAGAACUGUCCCCUUGCGGUAUCCGGGUACUUCUGGUCGAGCCAGGAGAAUUUCGCACAAAGUUCUUGUCUGCAUAUAUCGAGCCGGCUGCUGGAAUGAACAAAGGAUAUGUCGGGACACCCCUCGAAAAAUUUCUACAGGUGUUCAAAUCGAAAGACGGGAAACAACAAGGUGAUCCUGCCAAAGCGGCGCAGAGAAUUCUAGAAAUCGUUACCAAUACUGGAAUGGGUGCUGGGAAAGAAGGUUUUUUGCGAGUACCGCUUGGUAAGGACUGCUAUGAGCGAUUCUGGGCCAAAUGCGAGUCUAUGCAAAAGAACUUGUUGCAGAUGAAGGGUAUUGCCCACUCAACUGGUUAUGAUGCAUGA